UUGCGCCGCCUUCUCCUCUCCUCUGGAGUUUGAGUGGCCACCAGCCAGCUUUUGAUUUAAGAAGCGUUUGUCUUUCCCGGGAUGUGAAUAAGGGGGGGCCGUGGCUGUACAAGUAGUUGAUUUGAGGCGGGUUAUUUUGGGCAAGUCUGCGUGCAGAGGCACCUCAAACGGAGAGAGGGAGCGAAAGAGAGCGCACGGCGCACAGACCAGACGCAGGGAAGAGAGGGAGAAAGGCGCACAGAUUUCAGUGGCAUUCAGAUGGUUCUCCCGCACACAUAGGGCAGACAGACACACGUUUGGAUGUUUGUUUGUUUAAUGGAAAUUAGAACAACUUGAGCGAGCUUACAUUUGACAUUCUAAUGCUUUUUUUUUCUCCUUCUCGCUGCGCGGAGAGAGACAUGCAGCUGCUGAUUGAAGGAGCACAGCAUUUAGUAAGUUAAAACUGGGAUUGACCUGUACUGCCUUUUGGAGCUAUUUUUGUGGAUCGGGUUUUUGUCUCCCCAUCCCCCCAAAAAAUGCAACCAGGAAAAAUGAAAGGACUAUUUCUGACAAGAAUGUGGAAAGUUGUGACUGUUUUGGUGCUGGCGACCCAACACGUCGCCGGAAAGACAUUGAAAUAUCAGGUUCACGAGGAGCAGAAGGUCGGCACGGUUAUUGCCCGUUUGAAAGACGAUGUCGCGGACGUUCUGGCUAAACUUCCGAGCUCAGUGUCGCUCCGCUUCCGAGCUAUGCAAAGAGGGAGCUCGUCUUUCCUCACGGUGCGCGAGCAGGACGGAGAAAUCAGCAUCAGGACCAAAAUCGACCGCGAGAAACUCUGCGAGAAGAACCUCAACUGUUCCAUUCAAUUCGACGUGCUGACCCUCCCGACGGAGCACCUGCAGCUCUUUCACGUCGAGGUGGAAGUGUUGGACAUUAACGACAACGCGCCCCAGUUCGCCCGCGCCGUCAUCCCCAUCGAGAUCUCUGAGAGCGCGGCCGUGGGAGCGCGCAUUCCUCUGGACAGCGCCACGGACCCCGACGUCGGGGAGAACUCACUGUACACGUAUGCCUUAGAGCCCAACAACUUCUUCAAGAUUGACAUCCAGUCCAGGGCGGACGGGGCUAAAUAUGCAGAGCUGGUGGUGCUCAGGGAGCUGGACCGGGAGGUGCGCUCCGGUUAUGAACUUCAGUACACGGCCUCUGACAGGGGCGUUCCCCCGAGAACGGGGUCUACCCUCCUCAAAAUCAGUGUUGCCGACUCAAACGACAACAGCCCCGUUUUUGACAAGUCAUCAUAUGUCAUUAAUCUCCCCGAAAACGCACCUGUUGGCACUCUGCUCAUUGACUUAAACGCCACUGACGCCGAUGACGGCACCAACGCCAAAAUAGUGUACUCCUUCAGCAGUCACGUGUCCCCCAAAAUCAUGGAGACAUUCAAGAUUAACCCCGAGAGCGGCCGCCUGACCCUCAUCAGGCGCGUGGACUAUGAGACCGUGAACUCUUACGACAUUGAUGUCCAAGCGCAGGACAUGGGUCCCAACUCGAUGCCGGCCCACUGCAAGAUCCUGGUCAAAGUGGGAGACGUGAAUGACAAUAAACCAGACAUCAGCAUCAAUCUCAUGUCCGCUCAGGGCAAUGGGGACGCGGCCUAUAUAUCCGAGGCGUCUCCUUUGGACACCUUUGUAGCUUUGGUGAGGGUGGAGGACUUGGACUCCGGGUUAAACGGAGAGGUAGAGUGUAAACUUCACGGUCAAGGAUAUUUCAAACUGCAGAAGUCCUACGAGAACAACUACAUGAUUUUGACCAACGUAUCUCUGGACCGAGAGAAGAGGUCAGAGUUCAGUCUAACGGUGGUGGCCGAGGACCGCGGGACCCCCAGUCUCUCUACUGUCAAACAUUUCACUGUGCAUGUCACCGACGAAAACGACAACCCGCCCCGUUUUGAGAAGGGGCAAUAUGAGAUCUUCAAAUCCGAGAACAACGCCCCCGGGGCGUACCUGACGUCCAUCAUGGCCACUGACCCUGAUCUGGACGCCAAUGGGCAGGUGAGCUACUCCAUCUUGGAGAACUCUGUCCACGGGAGCUCCAUCUCCACCUACGUCACCAUUGAUCCGUCCAACGGCGCCAUCUACGCGCUGCGUACCUUCGAUCGGGAGGACGUUAGCCGCGUCUCCUUUGUCGUGCAAGCCAAAGACGCGGGGAAACCGCCGCUGGUCAGCAACGUCACCGUUGUCCUGAACAUUCUGGACGAGAACGACAACCCCCCGGUCAUCGUGGUCCCCCAGCUGUGGAACUUCACCGCCGACGUGCCCGCGUCGAAGUUCACAGACGCCGGACACUUGGUGGCGGCGAUCAGGGCGACGGAUCGCGACACGGGGGUCAACGCCGAGCUCAUCUGCUCCAUCGUCAGUGGCAACGACGAGGGCUUCUUCGCCAUUGACCCGAGAACGUGCGAAAUCCACGCCAACGCCAGCUUGGCGAACUUCCCCCAUGAGCACGUCGAGUUGACAGUUGUGGUCAGGGAUCAGGGAAGGGAGAGCCUCAGUGCCAAGGCGGCGCUGAAGAUCACCCUCCAUGAGAACAUGGAGAACCACGUCCAGGUGAUGGACCAGGGUGAGUCUUCUCUCGAUGCAUCCCUGAUUAUCAUCAUCUCCCUGGGCGCCAUCUGCACCGUGCUCCUGGUCAUCAUGGUGGUGUUUGCCGCUCGCUGUAACCGCGAGAAGAAGGACACGAGGCAUUCCUACAACUGCCGGGUGGCAGAAUCCACCCAUCAGCACCAUCCCAAGAAGCCCUCGCGCCAAAUCCACAAAGGUGACAUCACGCUGGUUCCCACUGUGAACGGCACCCUGCCAAUCAGAGCUCACCAUCGCUCACCUUCGGACACGCCCCCCAUGGACCGAGCCCAGAUGGGGAGCCGGCAGAAUCACCACAGCCGCCAGUCACUAAACAGCCUAGUGACCAUCUCGUCCAAUCACAUACCAGAGAGCUUUGCCCUGGAAUUGGCACACGCAACUCCACCAGUGGAGCAAGUCUCACAGCUUCUGUCCAUGCUCCAUCAGGGCCAGUACCAGCCCAGACCCAGUUUCCGUGGCAACAAAUACUCCCGCAGCUACAGGUAUGCAUUACAAGACAUGGACAAGUUCAGCCUGAAGGACAGUGGCCGUGGGGACAGCGAGGCGGGGGACAGUGACUGUGACAUGGGUCGGGAGUCCCCCGUGGACAGACUGCUGCUGGGGGAGGGCUUUUCUGACCUGAUGCACCUCGAAAUGCACCAUCGACUCCACCCAGCUAUGCGACUGUGCACGGACGAAUGCCGCGUCCUGGGACACUCCGACCAGUGCUGGAUGCCCCCGCUCUCCUCGUCCGCUUCCUCCGACUACCGCAACAACAUGUACAUCCCCGGGGAGGAGUCCUCCCAGCAGCCCCAGCUCGACGACGACCAGUCCUCCGUUGACUCCGAGCGCCGCAAGAGCUUCUCCACUUUUGGCAAAGAGUGCGGGAGCGAAGAGGGCGGCGCCGGGGGAGUCAACGGGAGCGAGGCCUGCGCGGCUGGAGGAGGGGCCGGCUCCCUCCUCACAGAGAUGAACUCCGUGUUCCAGCGGCUGCUCCCCGCCAACGCGGACUCGUACGCGGAGUGCGGCGAAACGAGCCCGCCCUCGUCCUCGCUGACCACUGAGAGGGGGAGCGGGCGCGGCGGAAACGCCGCAGGGAGCCACGGCAACAACGCCGUUCCUCAGGACAACCGGCGAGGGCUGUUGCCAGGUGGGAAAGGUCCCGCUUACCCGCCAGGUGUGGCCGCGUGGGCGGCCAACACCCACUAUUUGAAUCCCGGGAGCGGAUGCGUGGGAGCCAAUCACGUCUCCUCGUCCUCCUCCUCGUCCUCCUCAUCUUCCACGCCCGCUUCCAACUGCGCCAACGGACAGCCGCCGCACCUCAAAUGGCUGCCGGCCAUGGAGGAGAUCCCGGAGAACUACGAGGAAGACGACUUUGACGGUGUCUUCCAUCAGGGUCACCCGGGCGCCAAGCGCAGCGAGGGGCGCCACGAGGCCAGCAUGGACGCUAGCGAGCUGGUGCACGAGAUCAACAAACUGCUGCAGGACGUCAGACAGAACUAGAGAGAGAGGGAGAGGGAGAGAGGGAGGAAAAAAAAGAGAGAAGGCAUAGCAUGGUUUCACAUUUCACCCCCAUUCUGGCUUGUUCUUUGUGCCAACAUAUAUAAACUUUAUGAUGAUGACUGUUUUCGUGUUCACUGUAAUGGUUGUCUUGUCGAUUUGACCAGAUCUCCUCCUUUACCGCUCGGUGCUGAGAGACUCGCAGAGAAAAUUCAAACACGGCACUGAAAUCGCAAUCGAGGUGACUUAAAGGCAUCGAAGCGAGCGCCUGAAGAACAGCUAGUUAACACACGUCUCUCCGAACGUUUGCUUGAAUGAGCGAUUUGAAACGGAAGCUGUUGCGCUUUUUUCUUCAUUUGCAAUGUUUACAGCAGCGUGAAGAGACUCCACAGGGAGGAACCCACAGUCGUGCGAUCUAAUUUCUGCUUUUACAGUGUACAAUAGUGUACAGUAUCUGUGAAGAAAAAAAAGGCAAACUCACUUGAAUAUCGUGCUAUGUCUCCUGUUUUGUUAUUAUGGAAUGUAACUGUACAAUUUGACCUUUGUAUUUUAAAAAGACACGCUUUUUUACUUCUAUAUAUUUAUAUGUGUCCGUGUAUGUUUGUACAGAAAAAGAAAACAAAUGUCUAUUUUUUAUAUUUGUCAGUGCAUGUCUUAAUAUCACUUAACGUGUCUCUUUUUUCCUCCGUUUAUUUUAUGAAAAAAACAACAACGGUAUUUAAUUUUGGUAUUGAAUGUGUGUGUGCGUAUUCAAAGUAAUCACAUUCCAAUGCAGUUCCAUGUUGGAAGUUGGUUUUGUAUGGUAACAUUGUGGCCAUCCGGUGAUAAAUAAAGUGGAGGGAUUCA